CAUUUACUCCUGAGAAAGCCAAGGAAAUAGUGAUGUCUCUACAGCAACCUGCAGUCUUCUGUAACAUGGUUGACGACUGGCCAGCCCUGCACUGGAAUACGAAAUACCUUUCUGCGGUGUUGGAUGGAAAGAAAAUACAGUUUCGGAUAGGCUUGAAGACACUGGAUUUAGUUCCCCAAUUUGAAACCAGGUGUAGCUACGUGGAGGCUACGCUUCAAGAGUUUUUGGCUUGGAGUUGUGGACAGUCUUCCUGCCUAUCUGGACCUUUCAGUUGUUUUGAAUACUCCAAAUAUUGGGCUUAUGCUGACUACAAAUACAUUGCCAAGUUAUUUGAAGACAAGGCAGAAGUUUUCCAGGAUAUAAAGUGGUCUGACUUCGGUUUUCCUGGAAGAAGUGGAAGGGAGAGCACGCUGUGGAUUGGUUCUGAAGGAGCAAACACUCCCUGCCACUUGGACUCUUACGGCUGCAAUUUAGUGUUACAAGUAGAGGGAAGGAUCCCUUAUGAGGAAUCCAGCAUAUUCAGCAAAGUCAAUGUUGCCAAACCUGAUCUGAAACACUUUCCUGAGUUCAGGAAUGCAACAGCCCACGUGGUUACGCUCAGUCCAGGACAGGUCCUGCUUGUUCCAAGGCACUGGUGGCACUAUGUGGAAUCCAUUGACCCUGUCACUGUCAGCGUAAACUCGUGGAUUGAACUGGAUGCAGACCAUGAAGCCCGUGUAGAAGAAGCAAUAACUCGAACACUGGUGUGUGCCAUAAAAUCAGCAGAAAAUCCCAGCAAUGCAGAUCUGUGGCUAAAUCCCACAGAGGUUGAGGCAACCUCCCAUGACAUCAAUCUGGAGUACCUGAAUAGAGCAGUGUCUGCAUAUUUCAAGCAUCAAAAGACAAGUGUGUCAGAGCAGGUACCUCCCAGCAGCAUUCAUGCAGAGAGAGUGACAAGUGCCUCACGCAAGAGGAAGAAAAGACAAGUUGGCCCUGAACCAGAGGGCUGCAAAUUAGUAACCCAUGAAGCUGACUGUUCAACAGUUAAGGCAGAAAAGUUUCAGGAAAUACCUUUUGGCCCUCAUCUUAUUCAAGUGUUACCACAAUCUCAAGAAACAAGCUCAAUGGGUGCAAGAGCAGUUGAAAGUGACUAUAGAGAUCUUAUCCAGCGAAAUGAAGGAGGACAUUUUGGAAAAUUACACUGCGCCAGGAAGCAAUUGGUAAUGAGUAAUGACUGUGAAACGCCUGCAAAUCAAAUGGAUUCAGACAGCAGUCCAAAUGCCUCAGAAACAGCCCUUUCUACCAAUGAUUUGCUGGACUGUUUGGUUAAUCCACAUGUCAUCAGUUUAGUGGCUCAGCUGCUAUUGGAGAGAACAAGAAUUUAAUGGCAAGUGCUGUAUCAUUUCUGAAAUAAAGAAAUCAAAUGGUAGCUUCAUGCUAGAUUUUUAAGCUCAGUAAGA